AUGUCAUCGCUACCACUGCUGCCGCCAUCACCAGCCUUAAGCGGGCAAACAGCAGCCCGACCCCCUCGCCAGGAGUUGAAGGCAUCGCCGCCGCAGGGGCCCUCGGAAUCGCGGCCCCCCGCCGACAAACCGGCCGCAACCCGAGACACCGCUCUCUACCCCCGCGGGGGGUUUCGAAAAACGCGUCAGCCGGGGGGGGGGGACGGCGCCAGCCCGUCCCCGGUCCAAGAAGGCGGCGACUCCGCUUCAUCGGAGGAGAUUUCUCUCCGGGAGUUGCACGUGUUUUGCAGGGCUGUUCGCGUCUCGGUAGUGGACGGGGAUAGGGGGGAGGUUGUGCUCGGGUCUCUGGAGGGGAUGUCGAUGAACGUUGCCGCGACGGAGGCAGAGGUGGAGGUGAAGUUCAAGCUGGGCAGCCUCCAGAUCGACAACCACUUGCCAGGGACGUCCUUCCCGGUUCUGUUGCAACCUGUCAGGCCUGGGUACCAGGGGGGAGACAACAAGUGUGUUCGCUUCACGCUGGUGGCUGCCCCGCGCGUAAAGAACGUCGCCUACAUCAAGCUGGCGAGCCUGAACGUUGAAGAGUUCGACCUUCGGCUAGACGAGGGCAUGGUGAGGUGGGCGCAGGGGCUAGCGGACCGGGUGAUGUGGACCCUCGUGGCUGACCGGAGAGCCGACGAGAUGGACAAGUGGCCGCUGCCGCAAGAGGCCUUUUGCUCGUCUCAGGCCGGGCAUCCAGGGGGAGGCAAGGCCAGCGGAGAGAACAUUGACGGGAGUUCAGUGGGCGGAGGCCAAGGGUCAACGGGGAUGGUUGUUUCCCGUGGGGGCGGCGAGGGGGCGUUCGCGAGCCGAUACGUGUAUCUCGAAGUAUUCCAGGUGUCGAGCGUGAAGGUUCGGCUGUCUCUCCAACGGGCCAAAGACAGCUUCGACAACGUGUACGUCGGAGUCAAGCCCGGGCAGAUGCUCCUCGACCUCAUGAUGCGCAUGGACAGUGCGCAUAUCAAGCUCAAGUCUCUGAUCGUGCACAACACUACGACCACCCGAUCGCGGCUGACCCUCACGGCCCGAGAGCACUACGAGAGGGAGUUGAAGCAGCAGGCGUUCUUGAUGCUCGGUAGCUUGGAGGCGUUCGGCAACCCCGUCGGCCUCGUCCGUGGCAUGGGCCAGGGAAUGCAAGACUUCGUCAAGGAACCCGUGCUGGGGCUGCUGAAGAGCGUCGAGGACCUGGCCCCAGAAGAGCUCAUGCACGGCAUGGCCAGGGGGGCCGGCAGCUUGCUCAACCACUCCGUAGGGGGAGUCGCCAACUCCGUCUCUCUCAUCACAGGCACUGUGUCCCAGAACCUGACGACCCUGGCCAUGGACAAGGAGUACAAGCUGAAGAGGGCGCGCAGAAAGGACGCAAGAGGGGAGAACAAAGACGUGCUAGAUGGGAUCGGGUCCGCCGGUGGCUCGCUGGCCAGGGGCCUCACGGACGGCGUUUCCGGCUUGAUCAAGAACCCCCUGAAGGGUGCUGAGAGCGGGGGUUUGGCGGGCUUCGCCAAGGGGGUCGGGACGGGUAUGCUGGGGCUCGUGGUAAAGCCCGUGGUUGGGGUCACGGACGCUGCCACGGACUUGCUGCAAGGCGUGAGAGGCACCACGGCGAGCAUCGCCCAGAUCGGAAAACCUUCUCCCUCGGCGUCCCCCUACCACCAAACCGCGGGGCCCCCAUCUGCCGGCCACGGCCGAGGAGGCUCUCUGGGAGCUGCGGGGGACGGCGGCGGCGCGAUCGGCGGAGGGGGGGCCGGCGGCUGGGACGAGGGGGUCGGCCAAGUGCGUCCCCGGCGGGUGCUGUACGGCUCGAUGAGGACGCUGCGGCCGUACGCGAUCGAAGACGCUAGGGCGGCGGCACUCCUGAGGACGACUCGCUACAAGGAAGAGGAGUACGCGGCGCACCUAGAGAUCAGCCAGGCAGCCGGUGCGGGAGCGACUUCCAAGCCGACGUCCGCGGUUGUGAUCCUCACCCAGUCGCUAGUACUCUUGCUUCGCGUGCCCGGCGGAGAGGUGGUGCUGGAGCAGCGGCUUGCCGGCAUCCAGGCUGUGGAGAUAAAAGCAGAAGGGGUGCUGCUGCACCUUCACCCGCCGUCAACGCCCAAGGCACCGCGACAGGGAGCCAGUGGAUAUCUAGGUCUGCCCCCGCCGCCUUCGGAGGAAGACGACGGGCCGGGUGGCGGGAGAAACCGCGGCCGCGUGCAGGCACGCGGAAUUCCGUGCCGGGAAGAGGCGUCGAAGCGGCGGCUCUACGAUCUGUUGGAUGCCGCGGUAAAGAAUGCAGCAAGAGCGCUGUAG